AUGGCGAUCAAGAACAUGACGGUGGCGGCGACGACGACGCGGUCGCUGGACGCGGACAUGACGGUGGAUGAGUUCAAGGAGUGGCUGCGGCGGUUCGACACGGACCGGGACGGGCGCAUCAGCCGCGACGAGCUGCGGCGCGCCAUGCGAGCCAUCCGCGCCCGCUUCACGGGGUGGAGGAGCAAGCAGGGCAUCAGCUACGCCGACACGGACGGCGAUGGCUACAUCGACGAUAGCGAGGUGGACGGCCUCAUAGAGUUCGCGCAGAAGAACCUCGGCCUCAAGAUCGUCGCCUACUAA